ACAGUCGUUGUCACUGAGCGAGAGGUGAAAUGGAGCAGAAAGGAGUUCAGCUGGACCAGGAAACCUUCUCUUGUUCCAUCUGUCUGGAUCUACUGAAGGAUCCGGUGACUAUUCCCUGUGGACACAGCUACUGCAUGAACUGUAUUAAAAGCCACUGGGAUGUAGAGGAUUAUAAGUACAGCUACAGCUGCCCUCAGUGCAGGAAGACGUUCACACAGAGGCCUGUCCUGCUGAAAAACACCAUGUUAGCAGAUUUAGUGGAGGAGCUGAAGAAGACUGGACUCCAAGCUGCUCCUGCUGAUCACUGCUAUGCUGGAGCUGAAGAUGUGGCCUGUGAUGUCUGCACCGGGAGAAAACUCAAAGCACACAAGUCCUGUCUGAUCUGUCUUGUCUCUUACUGUGAGAAACACCUUCAGCUUCAUUACGAUGUAGCUCAGUUAAAGAAACACAAGCUGGUGGAGCCGUCCAAGAAGCUCCAGGAGAACGUCUGCUCUCGUCAUGAUGAGGUGAUGAAGAUGUUCUGUCGUACUGAUCAGCAGCUUAUCUGUUAUCUCUGCUCUGUGGAGGAACAUAAAGGCCACGACACAGUCUCAGCUGCAGCAGAGAGAGCUGAGAGGCAGAGAGAGCUCGAGGGGAGUCGACAAAACAUCCAGCAGAGAAUCCAGGACAGAGAGAAAGAUGUGAAGCUGCUUCAACAGCAGGCGGAGGCCAUCAAUCUCUCUGCUGAUAAAGCAUUGGAGGACAGCGAGAAGAUCUUCACUGAGCUGAUCCGUCUCCUGGAGAAAAGAAACUCUGAUGUGAAGCAGCAGGUCAGAUCUCAGCAGAAAAGAGAAGUGAGUCGAGUCAAAGAGCUUCAGGAGAAGCUGGAGCAGGAGAUCACUGAGCUGAAGAGGAAAGACGCUGAGCUGAAGAAGCUCUCACACACAGAGGAUCACAACCAGUUUCUACACAACUACCCCUCACUGUCACCACUCAGCCAAUCUACAUCCAGCAUCCAUAUCUGUCCUCUGAGCUGCUUUGAGGACGUGACAGCAGCCGUGUCAGAAGUAAGAGAUAAACUACAGGACGUCCUGAGAGAGAAGUGGACAAACGUCUCACUGACAGGGACUGAAGUGGACGUUUUACUGCCACCACCAGAGCCCAAGACCAGAGCUGGAUUCUUAAAAUAUUCACGUGAAAUCACACUGGAUCCAAACACAGUAAACACACAGCUGUUAUUAUCUGAGGGGAACAGGAAAGCAACAUACAUGUAUCAACAUCAGUCUUAUUCUUGUCACCCAGACAGAUUCAGUAACCUGUCUCAGGUCCUGAGUAGAGAGAGUCUGACUGGACGUUGUUACUGGGAGGUGGAGAGGAGAGGGAGAGGAGGAGUUUAUGUAGCAGUCGCAUACAAGAAUAUCAGCAGAGCAGGGAGGUCGGAUGAAUGUGGAUUUGGACGAAAUGACAAAUCUUGGGCGUUAGAUUGUAACAACAACAAAUAUACAUUUUGGUCCAACAAUGUCCAAACUCCCGUCUCAGGUCCUGAGUCCUCCAGAGUAGGAGUGUACCUGGAUCACAGUGCAGGUAUUCUGUCCUUCUACAGCGUCUCUGAAACCAUGACUCUCCUCCACAGAGUCCAGACCACAUUCACUCAGCCCCUCUAUGCUGGACUAACGCUUUAUUAUUCUUAUAGAGAGAGACUUCUGUUAUAUGCUGGACUGGAUUUUUAUGUUUAUUCUGGAUCCUCUGCUGAGUUGUGUAAACUGUCAAAACCUCCCAGCACAGCUGUGAACCUGCAGACACACCUGUCCGACUGUAUAUGGACUUCCCUCUGCAGGACGUCCUGUAGUUUAUCUCUGACUUCUGACACGGCUGCUGUCACGUCCUCAAAGCAGCUCAGAGGACGGAUAUGGAUGCUGGAUGUAGAUUGGCUGAGUGGUGACACGAGAGGUGAAAUGGAGCAGAAAGGAGUUCAGCUGGACCGGGAAACCUUCUCUUGUUCCAUCUGUCUGGAUCUACUGAAGGAUCCGGUGACUACUCCCUGUGGACACAGCUACUGCAUGAACUGUAUUAAAAGCCACUGGGAUGAAGAGGAUUGUAAGUACAUCUACAGCUGUCCUCAGUGCAGGAAGACGUUCACACAGAGGCCUGUCCUGCUGAAAAACACCAUGUUAGCAGAUUUAGUGGAGGAGCUGAAGAAGACUGGACUCCAAGCUGCUCCUGCUGAUCACUGCUAUGCUGGAGCUGAAGAUGUGGCCUGUGAUGUCUGCACCGGGAGAAAACUCAAAGCACACAAGUCCUGUCUGCAAUGUCUGGCUUCUUUCUGUGAGAAACACCUUCAGUUUCAUUAUGAAUCAGAGACAUUCAAGAAACACAAGCUGGUGGAGCCGUCCAAGAAGCUCCAGGAGAACGUCUGCUCUCAACAUGAUGAGGUGAUGAAGAUUUUCUGCCGUACUGAUCAGCAGCUUAUCUGUUAUCUCUGCUUAAUGGAUAAACAUAAAGGCCACGACACAGUCUCAGCUGCAGCAGAGAGAGCUGAGAGGCAGAGAGAGCUCGAGGGGAGUCGACAAAACAUCCAGCAGAGAAUCCAGGACAGAGAGAAAGAUGUGAAGCUGCUUCAACAGCAGGCGGAGGCCAUCGAUCGCUCUGCUGAUAAAGCAGUGGAGGACAGCAAGAAGAUCUUCACUGAGCUGAUCCGUCUCCUGGAGAAAAGAAGCUCUGAUGUGAAGCAGCAGGUCAGAUCCCAGCAGAAAAGAGAAGUGAGUCGAGUCAAAGAGCUUCAGGAGAAGCUGGAGCAGGAGAUCACUGAGCUGAAGAGGAAAGACGCUGAGCUGAAGAAGCUCUCACACACAGAGGAUCACAACCAGUUUCUACACAACUACCCCUCACUGUCACCACUCAGCCAAUCUACAUCCAGCAUCCAUAUCUGUCCUCUGAGCUGCUUUGAGGACGUGACAGCGGCCGUGUCAGAAGUCAGAGAUAAACUACAGGACGUCCUGAGAGAGAAGUGGACAAACGUCUCACUGACAGGGACUGAAAUGGACUUUUUACUGCCACAACCAGAGCCCAAGACCAGAGCUGGAUUCUUAAAAUAUUCACGUGAAAUCACACUGGAUCUAAAUACAGCAUACACGCAGCUGUUAUUAUCUGAGGGGAACAGGAAAGCAACAUUAAUGAGACAACAACAGUCUUAUUCUAGUCACCCAGACAGAUUCACUGACUGGUAUCAGGUCCUGAGUAGAGAGAGUCUGACUGGACGUUGUUACUGGGAGGUGGAGAGGAGAGGGAGAGAAAUUUCUGUAGCAGUCGCAUACAAGAAUAUCAGCAGAGCAGGGGGGUCGGAUGAAUGUGGAUUUGGAUACAAUGACAAAUCAUGGGCGUUAUAUUCUAACAACAACAAAUAUACAUUUUGGUCCAACAAUGUCCAAACUCCCGUCUCAGGUCCUGAGUCCUCCAGAGUAGGAGUGUACCUGGAUCACAGUGCAGGUAUUCUGUCCUUCUACAGCGUCUCUGAAACCAUGACUCUCCUCCACAGAGUCCAGACCACAUUCACUCAGCCCCUCUAUGCUGGACUAAUGGUUUAUUGGACUGGAGAGUCUGCUGAGUUGUGUAAACUGAAAUAG